AUGGUCGGAGCAUUUGGAGAUGUCCAGAAGCUCGAGCUUCAAUUCCAAGAAGGUGAGGUCUUAGAAAUUUUGUCGCCACGUCAGGCUCACCUUAGUCACUCAGAUUGGUGUGACCCACAAACCUUCCAAUUGGAUGCACGCAGCUUGAAGUUGAAGAACACUUCCUUGGGCGAAAACGACUCCGGCAAGUUGUUGAAGGAGUGCUUGGACUAUUGCAGUCAUGCAUGGCCAUCCCAAGAGACCUACGAUUCUCUUCUUUCAAAACUCUCUCUGAAUCCAGAUUCUCGUGCAGAACCUGAUCCUACAGAUUUAUCAGCAAUUGCUUUCUCGGAUGGAUCAGACUGCGAAUCAGAGGUGCCACCGGAUUCGGAUUCCAAGGUGAAGGUGGAACAAGAUCUUCAGCCCAAGCUCACUGUGCAAUCUUCAGCUCUCAAUCCAAAACUCACAUCAAAGCAGGCAAAGCUGGUUCAUAUGCAGCGAAUGCUCCACAGGGACAUAGAGAAAAAGCGUCAGAAAGACAAAGCGGAGGUAGCUGCGGAUCUCGAAUGCGAAGUUGAAUGCAAUGAAGGGUCAGGAAAGUACCUUGAUUACACAGAGGAACCAUCACCGGAUUCCAACGAGGACUGGUCAACCAGCAUCACACGGAAGCACCGACGGGAAGUUGGUCUGAAGAAGCUGAAGACUGAGGAGUUGAAGCUCUUGCGAUCGAACUUUGGCAAGGUUAUGAAAGAAGUGGAGAGACCAGUGACGAGCUCAAUGGACAAGCAGCCGAGAGAACCCGACUUUGCCACCGGAGAUCCUGGUCCAACUCCCAAAACGACUCGGAACCCAAAUGAGUCAGAAAAAGAGGAGCUGCUACCUGAAGUGGCAAGCAUUCGACAUCUCAAUGGGAGUGAGUGCAGGAAGCUCCUACAACAGAUGAGACCUCUCGUUCAUGCUCCGUUGGCAAUUUACAAAGCUUUAGCGAGAAGAGCCUUGGAUGACUACAGCAAAAGCAAGCCGCGUACAUUCCACGAUUGUCGUCGAAUGACCUUUUGGCAGUUUGGGCCCGAGAAGGAGCGACGUCGAGUUGAUUGCUAUGCUGGCAAAGCCUUUUUUGACUUUUUGACCGAUGAGAAAGAAGGACUCCUGAGCAGGCUGCCAGAGAUUCACCCGAUCGCAGCAGUCUAUUUGUCGAUCGCAGCUGCAAACAGACAUAUCUUAUCGAGGUUAUGUCCAGCAUCUACAGACUUGAUUCGAUCCACAAAAAAUACCACUAAGGUUGCAAACUCUUUUGGAAUCACGCAACGUGAUAGCCAGUCUUUUCCAAGAGGUUGGAAGAUAUGUGGCAGAGAACAUCUCUACCUUAGAUCGAGAUUCUCUUGGGCGACUGGUCUAUGUUUUUGCCAAGGCGCAGGUCAAGAAUCCAGGCCUGUUCAGCGUGGUGAAGCAGGAAUGUUUGCGGCGAUGCAAAUUCAAAGAGGGAGAACGUAG